AUGGCCCCCCGCAGAGCCCACCGAGGAGCUGCCCCUCGAACCCGACCCAAACCGGCCAUCUCUUAUGUCGAAACAAGCACUACCGAUGAUGACGAUAAUGAAUCCGGCGAUGAUAGCGACUCUUCCGUUGUCGAAUCACCUCGUCGAACCUCACCCCGAAGCAAACGCACUUCGCCGUUGAAGCGUUCGGCAAGACAAACGCUCGAUGACGAGGAUGAGGACGACGAGGAUGAGGACGACGACACUUCAGAAGACGAUCUCCAGCGACGACCCGUUCUAAAAAGACAAAAGACCUCUAGAAAUGGCCCUUCAAGAGCCACCAGAUCCGCCAAGAAGGCAAAGCCAUCAAGAAAUCAAAUGCGUCACAGCUUGCGAGUCACAAAACCAGCGUUGAGAUCGAAGUCGAGAGAAUCGUCGGUUCCAGCGCAAGUCUUCUUUUCUGGGGUUAUUCCACCAUGGCAAACGCUUCCUUAUCAGAUCCUCCUCCAGAUAUUCGAAUUCGCUUCCUUCCCUCUAUACGAUGAACAUACCUUUGCCCCGACCGCAUCCCCAAAAUGGCUUCUAGAUAUGUCUCGACUCUGCCGCGCAUUUGCUGAACCGGCUCUUACAGCUCUAUAUUACUCGCCACCACUUGUUCCCAUGGUUUAUGCACACAGAUUGGUUGAUUUGGUAAAUGAGGACUCGGCAACGAAAGCUUUUAGAUAUCGACGAAAGAUCAGAUCGCUUUGUAUCGAUGUUCAUCAGGUCCUUGCCUAUUCCCUUCCGGGAAGCGGACAUUUGGACCUGUAUGACCUCGUCAAAGAUCUACCUCUUUUGGAGAACUUGGAACUCUAUCACCAAAAAGAUAUGCCUCCGUAUCGACAGCUUGAUGAAACCGUAAAAUGGACAUACCCGGAGAAUAUUUUCGACGCACUGGAACAUAUCGACCCCACGCACACAGCUGUAGGUGACAAGGCCGAUGUAUGUAAACUCAAAAGCUGGCGGUGGUCUUCAAGACUUGCGGGGAAGACGUGGUCUGUUCAUAGAAUGAAAGAGGUACACUUGAAGCCGUCAUUUUCUGCCCUUCGAAAGAUUGCUUUUGUCAAUUAUCAGAUUCCAAAAGUCAAAAAGGACGAGGAACUACCAGAGCACGAGAAAAUCCUCGCGGAUUCAUUGAAGCCUCUAAAAAGCCUUGAGCAUUUGGUCUUUGAAUCUUCAGCACUAGUCAACGCAACACUUCUGCCUCUACUCCCAAAGAACCUGCGACGCCUCGAGCUAAUCAACUGUUGGGACAUAAUUGCUGAAGACUUUGCAGAGUUUCUGCUUACUCACGGUAGCCAACUCCGGGAACUUACGUUGAACCACAAUCAAUCUUUGAGUCUAUCUUUUCUCACUGUCCUUGAAACUGCCUGUCCAGAUCUUGAGGUAUUUAAGAUGAAUCUUACCUAUUUCAAUCAGCACUUCGCCUACCAUGAUUCGGAGCCUGCUUAUGAAAAACUGCUUUGUCCAGAACAACUCCCAGUAUGGCCAUCAACUCUACGUACGAUAGAGCUGAUACAGUUGCGUAAAUGGGAUACGGAAGCUGCGGAGAUGUUCUUCCAGAGUCUUCUUGACAGCGCCGCAACUCUUCCCAACCUUCGGAGAUUGACCAUUCAAGCAAUCUUGAACAUCGGCUGGAGGGAUCGUGCUUCCUUCCGAGAUAAAUGGGUCGGUUCACUCAACGAAGUUUUUAAACAAGUCGUUGUUCCGCCUCGGGUGCACGCAACACUCCGCAUUCCUGAACCGACACCGGACUUGAAGAGACGCGACUCGAGACCCCAACUUGUUAUCCCAACAGUGGAGUCUAAACUGCUUUCUAAGGCUCUAUCGUCCGCGUCUUCGGUAUCGAGCAGCGAGAGUUCAUCUUUCUCAUCAGUAGAACCUUCCACUAGACGCUCUCAGCGCUCAAGUGCUCGUCAGCCUAAACCAAAUGUUUAUGUCGAGAGUCCAGACACCUCAGAAGCUGAAAACUCCGAUGAUAUGCCCCUCAUUCGUCGACGAGCAGAAGACUCGGAUGAUGAACCUCUCAUUCGCUCACAAUCCACUCGGCUAACCGGUCUCGCGCGGGAGCUGAAUAUCCUCAAGCAAACAGCGGGUAUGGAUAGUCCUCCCGAUGUUCCAUCCUCUCCAGCCAAUGCGAUUGUCAUUUCGGAUGAUAGCGAUGACGAACCACUCAUCAAGAGAUUUGCUGGCAAAGCUAAAGCCAAGGCCGAAGCUAAACCUGCGCAAGUUAUUCAGGGCAAGUGCGAGGUUGUGGAAGUCAGAAUUGAUAAUUUGAGACCUACUGAGAGACAAGUUACUGAAGCGGAUUUCUUGGAUGAAGAGGCUUCAGGGGAUGAUGAUUGGAAUGGAGAAGACCCUGACGAGGAAGCUUAUGCUUGGUAA